CAAAACAUUUUCUAUUCUUCAUUCAAUACUUUGACCCCCACACAUACUCAAAUAAUCAUAUAUAUAUAUCCUCAUAAACCCUAAACCCUACCUAGUUUCAACAACUCUCUUGUUCCAAAUCGAAGAUAAAGUUUUGUUUCAUAAGUAAUGGCCAAAGUUGGGAAGCUGACAAAGCUCAAGUCGGCGAUAAAGAAGUGGCCUUCCUUCGCCAAGAACCACCACUCAGCCUCCUCCUCCUCCGCUGCCGUCUCCGAUGAGCUAUCAGAAGACAACAAUCUUCAUGUUGUUUACGUUGGUCAGACUCGAAGACCUUACAUGCUUAGACCUGACAUCAUCUCUCACCCACUCUUCCAAGAACUCGUGGAUCGGUCUUCUAGGUCCGUUGAACAAGAUCGUGAGAUUGUUGUAGCUUGUGAAGUUGUUUUGUUUGAGCACUUGUUGUGGAUGCUUAAGACUGGUCAAGAAGGAGGAUCCGUUGAAGAAUUGGCUGAGUUCUAUACUUAUUGACAUCGACCAUUGGAUUUCUAUACAUUUAUUUCGUAUAUUAUAUACUGUUUAUUAGUAUUUUGUUGUUGCUGCUGAUUUGUAAUUUGAUUUGAUGCGGUUUGUGAUCCAAAAGUGAUCUCGUAAACCAUGUCAUUUGCUACUGUUUUUCUCGAGCAAUUUUAUGAUGAUGAGCGUAUGUAGAUUCUUACUAUGGUACAACCAACAAAUAAUUUUGUUUUCUCUUAAUUACAAUCUGUAUACAUGCUUCUAAUUAAAUGUAUAAUAGGUUAUAUUUUCUUAAUUUUCAUAGACAAUUAAAAGAAUAUGGUGAUUAUAGAGAAAAUUAAUAUAUGGCUGCCUUUAUUUCUAUACUUUU